AUAUGGAAAUUUUUCUUGAUAGUGCUGAUUUAAAUGAAAUUAAAGAAUUAAAAGAAUUAAUUGAUGGUAUCACAACUAAUCCCUCAUUAGUUGCAAAAUCUGGCCAUAAAAAUAAAUAUAAGGACUUAAUAAGUGAGAUAUGUUCCAUUAUAGAUGGACCUGUUAGCGUUGAAGUUGUUGCUGAUAGCCAUGAAGAAAUGAUGAAAGAAGGACUAGAUUUGGCAAAAAUUGCUAAAAAUAUCGUCAUAAAACUACCCCUUACAUAUAAUGGAUUAAUUUCUUGUAAAAAGUUAUCGACAGAGCAUAAUAUAAAUGUUAACAUGACUUUGUGUUUUUCUCCCGUACAAGCACUACUUGCUGCUAAGGCUACUGCUUGUUUCAUUUCUCCCUUCAUUGGUCGCCUAGACGAUAUCAGUUAUGAUGGACUGUCAUUAGUAGAAGAUAUAUGCACUAUGUAUUCCAACUACAUGUUCGAUACUAAGGUUAUAGUUGCAUCAGUAAGAAGCCCAACACAUAUAAUUAAAGCUGCAAAACUUGGAGCUGAGGCAGUAACUGCGCCAGCCAAAGUACUAAGGCAGUUAAUGCAUCAUCCCCUCACUGAUCAUGGGCUUGCAGUAUUUGAAAAGGACUGGCUGUAGAUCCAAGUCUAUCCUGGGGUUACUCACCUGGCUAUAUCAAAUUUGCCCAAGUAUCUGGAAGUGUAUCGGUUGGGUCAAUCUCUACUAUUGUUUUUUUCUACUUGUGCUACCAGCUCCAGCAAAGCUAUCUUCUAAUUUAUUUACAAAGAUUAUUUAGCAUCGCCACUAUCCUUCACGCUAAGUAUUGCUUUUGCCAAUCCUACUACCUUAUCUGUAGGGCUUGCUAUGCUUAUACCAUCGGGGUUAUAAAAGUUUUUUGUUGUAAGUUUUGACUCCGUGAUAAUUUUGUCUUCCAACUUACCUACUAUAGUAGUUACUCCACCAUUAGUAGCAUUUGUACCAUCAAGUUUAGCAAACCCAUCUAAAGCAGUUUUUAUCAGCUUACUAUCUAAACAAUGCUAUCGGUCUUGUUAGUUAGGUCCGCUUGCGUUAGCCUUGCCUUCUAAAGCGGUUUUGAUUGCGCUGGUGCGUUCAG